AUGGCGCCAAGAGUUGCUGAAAUUCUCCUCAAAAAGCGAAUCAAACAAUGCAUUGAGGGUGGGACGUUGCCAGAAAUAUCAAUGAUUUGUUCGGAGCUUAAGAACUCUUACAGGUAUGCCAACGUUACAAUAGGAUUUUCUAAAUUUUAUAGAGUUAUUUUUAGGUAACAAAAAUAACUUAAAAAUUUAUUUCUGUUAUACUCAUUUUUUGGCCUUAAGUAGUAAAGCUAGAAUAGUAUACUACUUUUGGUUGUCAACUUCGUUGUGGAUGCUACUUAAUUCUCUUCUUAAUAUUUCUUAUAUAAAACCCUAUUUCAGCGAAUAUACGCGCUACAAAGACCCAAUGUUUGUUAGCAUGGUGACAACGGCACUUCAAGGGUUACAGGUAGAAGUUUUACCAUCUUCGAACGGGGAUACCAAGCGAAAGCGGAAGCACAAGAAGUCUGUGUAA